GUUUGGUUGGCAGAUGCAGCACAGCGGAAUAUGCAGAAUAACGGCCCUUCAGGCACGCACAAAUUGCGGCCGGUGGCUAGUAAAUGGACACGUCCUCCUCCUCCUGCCAGAAACGCCGCCGAGUCGGGCAGUAUUUGUGAUGACCGAUGAGAUGACUGGCUGUCGAGUCAUGCAUCCAGCUGGUAGUAUAAGUAUCGACGCCAACGCCAUGCCAGCUUUGAUUACACCGUAGACGCACUGUAAUCAUGAUUGAAGUAGCUAACGCCAUCAAUGCGGAAGACCCAGGUGAAAGAUGGUGGACGUAUGACGCGAACGAGAAGCCCCCUCCCUUCGGUCAUGCUGUCAAGUCGUUUUGGGGGUUCGAUCCGGAGUAUGUGAACUUGAAUCAUGGGUCACUCGGGGCGCCGCCUCUACCCGUCCUGAAACGCUGCCAAGAGCUGACCAUGUUGGCGGAGAAUAAUCCUGAUAAAUCUCACCGCCUCACAUAUCUUCUGUUGCUCAACGAGGUUAGGAAACAUGCUGCAAAUGUUAUCGGAGCAGACCACGAAGAAGUUGUUCUCGCACCGAAUGCUCUGCAUGCGAUUACUACGGUUUUCGCAAACUUCGAGUGGAAACAGGGAGAUGUCAUCAUCGGCGCUAACACGGCGUAUAUCGCGGUCGAAGAUUCAAAAGCCAAGGAGCUCUACCAUGAGGCUUCGUUCAACGACACACCUCCGAGCUUAUAUGCUCAAUCAGACUUGCGCGUCGAGGAUAAGAAGAACAAACUUGUUAUAGUCCUUGAUUCCAUUACGCCUAUGCCGAGCGUCGCCUUGCCGUGGAAGGAGAUGGUUAAGAUUCGCAGGGAAGAAGGCGCGUGGAGCAUCGUCGAUGGUGCUCAGAGCAUCGGACAGGAGGCGCGCCCGCUUCUUCUUGACUUCUUCAUAUCGAACUGCCACAAAUGGUUCUAUGCGAAGCGCGGUUGCGCGUUACUCUACGUCCCCAAGAGGAACCAAUACAUCAUCCGAUCGUCCAUCCCAACUUCUGCACAGUAUAUCGCGAGAAAUGACCUGGACUGCGUCGAUGUCAAGCUUCGCUCGUCGAACUUUGUGGAUCAACACGCAUGGACCGCGACCAUCGACUUGGUGCCUCAAUUGAGCGUCACACCAGCUGUUCAAUUCCGAGAAUGGUUAGGGGGAGAGGAGGUGAUCAACGCGUACUGUCACCAGCUGGCAAUCGCUGGUGGGAAAGGGCUUGCUGAGAUCCUGGGGACAGAGGUACUGGAUGUUACUGGCGAGUUGACACGAAACAUGACGACUGUCCGACUUCCGCUGAAAGCGGAAGGCAUAUCCGGCACGGUAUACACGCCGUCGUCACGGGGGAAAAUCAGCAAAACGUUCACGGACAGGUUGCUCACCGAGUUCAAUGUUUCCGCUACAUGUUUCUUCUACCAGGGACGAUGGUGGUGUCGCUGCUCGGCGCAGGUAUACAACGAGCUUGCGGACUUCGAAUAUAUCGGAAGAGCACUUAAGAAGUUUUGCGAGGAUAUCGAAGAGCCCAUGCUGUAG